GCGGCUCUUGCUGCUCUUGCUUGCAGCCGCUGCAGCCGCUUCAGCCGACGCCAAGGAUGGCAGCAGUAAAUUUGUCCUAUGUUGUUUCGGAGCACAAGGAUUUGCAGGCUACUGCUAUGGCCCUGGACUCUGACGGACAGUACGCCGUUUUAGCAGGGCGUCGAUAUGUUGCUCUUGUGAACUUGGAUUCACCUGAUGUAACUGUCAAAAAAAGUGUUCGCCAGAGCAAGUUUGAAGUGAGCACUGCAGAAUGGAAUCCACAUCUUGCAGACACAUUCUUGCUGGCUUGCAAUCAGAAUGUGGAGCUUCUGACAUGGUGCAAUGGUGAGCUGCUAUCAAAACACAUCAUAUUAAAGGCUCAUACAAGAGCUAUUAGUGACAUCAACUGGUCGCCAUUUGACGAAAAUCUUUUGGCGUCUUCAUCAUAUGAUACAUACGUUCACAUCUGGGAUAGCAGGGACUUGCGGAAACCCUACUUGUCCCUUUCUGCAGUCACUGGCGCCAGCCAAGUGAAGUGGAACAAGGUUACGCAGCAUGUUUUGGCCACUUCUCAUGAUGGUGACGUCAGAAUAUGGGACACACGAAAAAGUGGCAGUCCUGUACAGUACAUAGCUGCUCACCCAUCUAAAAUUUAUGGACUGGACUGGAAUCCAGCAAGUGAGCACCAGUUGGCAACUUCUAGUCAAGAUGGAACUGUCAAGUUCUGGGAUGUGACCAACCCAAAGAAAGUUGAAUACAUGCUUCAAGCAGGAGCACCUGUUUGGAGGGCAAGGUACCUGCCGUUUGGAGAUGGCCUCGUCACAGCCUUGGUUACCAAGCUUCGGAAAGGAGAUAGGAACCUGGUCAUCUGGAGUAGCCUUCGCACAAGCAUGCCUGUCCGAACAUUUCUAACGCACUCUGAUGUUGUGCUUGAAUUUGGAUGGAGGAGGCUACGACAGGAAUCUCGUGACUACCAGCUUGUAACGUGGUCAAAGGAUCAAAGUUUGCACCUCUGGAAUGUGGAUGCAAAGCAUCAAACAUGCGGCCAUGAUGUGUCGGAGGACGACGCACUUUCCCUGGCAGCAUCGAUGGUUGCUGAGGUGCCCACCACGCCUGUCUCUCCGGAGUUUCCAAAGUCCCUGGGGACGAAUUCAAGCAAAGGGGAAACACCCUUGCCUCAACAUCCUCCCCCUGACCUCGAGAGGGAGUUCUCACUCCUCAAUAUAAACAUCCCAAAAGUUAUCAUCCAAGAGCUAGAUGCAGAGAAAAGAGUCUGUUGUGUUGCAAUAACAGUUGGAAAUCAUGCUCUGAGGCUCAAGCUUCAGUUCCCACAACUUUAUCCUUACAAUGCCAGCCCGACUUUCCAGUUUCUCAAGGGAACAACAGUGGACAGCAACAUUGAGACCAGAUUAGCAAAGGUUCUAAGAGUAACAUCUGAGCAGCAUGUCAAAAGAAAUCGCAACUGCUUAGAACCCUGCCUACGACAGCUGGUAGCAACGCUUGAAAGUUGUGUGGAAUCAGCUGAAGUUGAGGACUCGGACAGUGGUUAUCUUGCAGAACGCCUCAAGCAUCCUUAUGCUGUCUAUGGCUCCUUUCAAGAUUCUAGUGUGCCAUUUCCAAGGACAUCAGGAGCAAGGUUUUGUGGGGCAGACUUUCUUGUGUGCUUCACACGGCCGUCCCAUCUGCAAAAGAUGAAUGCCCCCACGGAGGUGACACCACGAUCACUGAGUGCAUUGGGAGCCUACCUUGCCUCGCAGCAUAAGGCUAGCCGACCCCCUUCCACUUCAUCCUUAGUCAGCCUCUACGCUCCUCACAGUCCAGGAACAGCAACUGCACAACCGCAGGAUGUCUCCAUCUCAUCCUUCUAUUAUAAAGAAAGGAAGGGAAGAGGCAGAACUCAAAGGAGGACUGGCCGCCAGGCAUCUUCACAGCAGCAUCCUCUGCCAAGUGCUGCCGUGCUCAUCUAUAACAUGUCGGGGAUUAUGCCCAUAAACCAGUUUCUGGCUCAAAACUACAUGUUGGAUAAUGGAGACCCUGUCAGUGCCUGCAACCACAAUGCUACGUGUGCUGCAAAUGUGGGACGGAAAGACUUGGCACAGGUCUGGUCCUUGGCAGCACUUAUUGCAAGUCCACAGCUUUCACAUGACAAACCGGGGCCUGAUGCAGCUGUUCCAUGGGCACAGCACCCCUUCGGUCGACAGAUGCUGGAGUCCAUCGUCAGCCACUACCUAAAGCAUUAUGACAUACAAACUGUGGCCAUGUUGUGCUGUAUCUUCAGUGGUGAAAAUGCAGAUGGCAGCUGUGGCAAGAAAUUUGCUUUUGAUCAGGCCUGCAGUAGCCAACUUACUGGAAGCUGGUGGCAGAAGGUGGGUGGCUCUCCAUACCACACAGUAACUGGCCCUUCAGACUCAGUCUUUGGUGGACUGUAUGUGGAAUCACUAAAGCGGAAUCGUUCAAACAGCUGGUCAGAUUCCAUAGACGACAUCCGAUUUAUGGACAACAGCCCUGAUCCACGAGAAGUAGAACGCACCAACCACAGAACUAACUGCAAGCUCCUUGAUCCUAGCAAAUCUGCACAGUAUGACGAAUUCAAGAAAAAGUAUGCAGAGAUACUCUACAAAUGGAAGCUUUAUGAGCAAAGAGCAUGUGUUCUUAAGUGUCUGUCAACAAGCCCACCCAAAGUGAAAGCAGUUGACUUUGUUACAGUAUGCCAUUACUGCAAAAGUGAUGUUCGCAGUGUUCAAUGUGACGAGUGCAAGAAACUUACCUUACACUGCAUUGUCUGCCAUCUUGCAGUACGCGGCCAGUUUCACUUUUGUGUUCAAUGUGGACAUGGAGGCCAUGUACAACACCUGCUGGACUGGUUCAGAAGUCAGUCACAGUGCCCUUCUGGCUGUGGUUGCCGCUGUGUUGCAGAAGGAGAAUUGUUUGCGUGAUUGUACCGCUGGAAACAAUACUUGCAGAUCUGUCGGAUUUUGGACAGUGGCCUGUGCUGUGAUCAUUGAAGAAAUCGAGAUGGCUGCUAAAAACAAAAUAUGACACAUAUUGGUACAAAGUGAACAGAAGUUUACUGUUUUACCUUUUUGUAUGAGAAAUAUGGCUGUGAAUAGUUAACUUAUUUUACAAAUAUUUCUAUUGGAUCAUAUGUAAAAAGUGUAACAUAUAGUGUACAAUAAAUGCUUUACUUGCCUA